UUCCGGAGCUGAGUUUAACAAGGACCAGAUGUGAGGCAGCGAGCAAAACACAGCCGGGGGCGGUGGUCGCUCGGUCGGUGGGUCACCUUGGAGAGAGAUAGAGAGGAGAGGAGGGUCUGUCUGUCUGAGGCAGGGAGGCGCUCACACACCGAACCCCAACAAAGUUGCACCUAAACCCGGGGCAAGAGUUGGCGAGAGUGGAGGCGAGACAUUCCUGACCCGCUCCUGUCCCGGGACUGGAGCAUCACCGAGCCGGGGCUGUGUCCUGUCCCGGGUGGGACUGUCGCUUGUCCCGGGUGAACCACUCUCGCAGCCGAGCGAGCGGCGACAUCCCGGGACGGGACGGUCGGGUCGGGUCGGGACCGGGUGGGAGAUGCCGGGGCUGGGGCUCGCCGCUCUCUGCGCCCUCUCCCUCUCCCUCUCCCUGUCCCUGUCUCUGGCUGCCGCCGCCGCUCCUCCUCCCCGAACCUACAGCCUCUACACCGGGGCAAGUGGCCGUCUCCGCGCCCGGCACACGGCGCCCAACACCGGGCAACGCGCCGCCAGCAGGUACAGGAACUGGUGUGCUUACGUGGUGAGUCGGGUGGUGUCCUGUGUCGUGGAGGAUGGUGUGGCGACCUUCGUUCGCCCAGAGUACCAGCCGUGUGGAUGGGGCCAAAUCCAGUGCCCACGGACUGUGACGUAUCGUUCCUUCAUGAAGCCGCGAUACAAGACCGCCUACAAAAUGGUCUCUGAGAUGGAAUGGAGGUGUUGCCACGGUUACUCUGGCGACGACUGUUCCGUGGGUCACGGCCAGUAUGAGGAAGAGAAUCCCAGGCCAAGCCACAGGGAACCAGCAGGGUUGCCGGAGGAAGGGGGAAGAGACUGGGACUCGUCUCAACAGAUGGAAGCGACAAUCGAGAGGUUGACCCUGCAGGUUCACACCCUUCAGUCCACCGUGGAAACCAUGAGCGGGAGGUUCCAGGAGGACCUGCGGAGAGCGGUGGAGCAAGUGUUGAACGGGAGGCAGCCGGCCGAUGCCGCCCUGCCGCCCGACAUGAAGAACACCAUCAGCGAGAUCCAGAGCAAGCUGCACCAGAUUGACAACCGCGUCCGGGAGCACGACACUGAGAUCGACCUGUUAAACACCAUCAAAACCCCCGCAGCAGGCGACACCCGCUCCGACGUGGGAAGGAAGCUGUCGGACCUGAAGGAGGAGUUGGUGCGGGAGGUUGAGGUGAGGACCCGGAGCUCCUGCUUCUCCUGUCGUGCCGACAUUGAGCUCCUGCGGCAACAGCAGGACUCCUUCAACCACCGGCUGCAGGAGCUGGCCCGAGUGUUCAACGGCUCCCGCCACCACAGCCAGCUCCUGAUAGAGGGCAUGCACAAGCACAUCAGUGGGCUGACUGGGGCCGGAGCUGACUCCUGCUGUGGAGAAGUAGAAAGUGUGAAGACGAAGGUGGAGGAGGUGGAGAGCAAGCUGGUGUCCCUGUCCGAAGUGGUGGUCCGAUUGGAGCAGGGGUCCUCCGGCCAGUCUCCUGAUUCCACCUCGGCCACCACACAGUGGGAUGAGCAGUGCCGUAAGCAGCUCCAGAACCUGGAACUCAAGCUCAACCUGACUGAGACCAACCUUGAGAAACGGCUCACGUCCCACCUCAAGAACCUGAGGGGCGAAUUUGGGGACAGGGUCCAGGAGAAUGAGGAGCGGCUGAAGGCCGUGGUGUCUGUGGCGGGCAACGCCACCAUCUUUGGCGACUGGCUGCACGGGGCUAUCGGCGAAUUGGACGAGUACCUUGCCAAGAUGAAGCAGAAGCUGGGAGCAGAUGGUGAGAGCUUGGCGUCGGUGGUAAGCCGGCUGAACCAGCUGGACUCCAUGGUGCAAGUGGCAGUCCAGGGCUGUGCGCAGAGCUGUAGGCCUCCACCACCCACACCGCACGGCCCAGAUACCACUGAGAUGGUGGAUGCUUUAACCAAACUGCAGGAGAAGGAUGUACAACAUGACCUUCAGAUUCAGGACACUGGGAGAAGGUUGCACAGCCUGGUCCUUGAAGGUGGGUCGCUGAAAAACAGGCUUCAGCAGCUCGGCGGGGAGGAUAGACAGCUGAGAUCAAUGAUUCAUGCCAUCGAUGGCCGGGUGAAGCACCUGAACUCUAGCCUCGAGCAGCUGGAGGGCAAAUUGCAGACAUCAGCCGAGACCAGCUUGACUUUCUGUAACGCCGUGAGAGGAGAAGUCCGUCAGCACAAGAACGAAACGACGAGUCAAAUGCACAGGCUGACCGAGGAGCUGGACACGGUGAGGCGGUGGUUCGACUACAUUCAGAAUCACUGCGCCUCUUCCUGCUCGGCAGCACGGGCAGAGUUGGACAGCUUGAAGGAGGACCUCGUCGACUCGGGCAAACAACACAAGGUCAUCCUGCGCAAAAUAGAACGGUUCAACAACACCCUCAGGAGGUUCGGGAUGGUCGGUGGCAACUUGGGACUGGACCUGGGCUCAAUGCAGGGGGAACUGCAAAAUAUCAUGUUGACCUUCAACUCGGUCAAUGAGAGCGUCAGGGCCCUGGACGCGGCGGUUCGCCAACAUGGCCGCGACGCAGACACGAUGAACGCCACCUUCACCCUGACAACCAACAAACUGGGUGCAGACGUCAACAAGGUGCAGGAGGAGAUAUCCGACCACAUCGAGGACACAGGGAGCAGGUUCACCCACUUCCACAACGAGUUGGGGAAGUUCAGAGGCGACGUGACGGGGGGGUUCAGAGAAUGCAGAGAUUCCAGCGAGGGGGUCGAACGGCGGCUGUCCAAACUGGAGACGGUCUGCAUCCGGCUGGACUCCGUCUCCCAGAGUCUGGAGAAGAUCAGAGAGGGCUUGAACAGGCAUGUUUCCAGCCUGUGGAACUGCCAGCGGGAGGUCAACGCCACACUGCAGCGGCACUCUGACGCGCUACAGACCAUCCAGGAUACCCAGCUGAGGAACCUGGACCGGAGGAUAUUCACCCUGAACCAUUCCGUGACUGAGAUACGCACUGAGGUCCACAACUUCACCACUCAGGACUUCAUUGGUGUAGACGGACCACCCGGCCCACCCGGACCACGGGGAAACCUUGGACCACAAGGCCUCCCCGGUGUAAGUGCCCGCGUGGAGCGGGUUUCAUUCUCGGCUGCCCUCACCGCCCCACAGUACGGCAUGGGCACCAUCCAGUUUAACAAGGUGCUGGUGAAUGAAGGAAGCCACUACGAUCCCACCACAGGUAUAUUCACCGUGCCAUUUGACGGCCGUUACUUCAUCAGCGCCAUUCUGACCGGCCAUCGCAACCAGCGCAUCGAAGCUGUCCUGGCCAAGUCCAACACGGGGUUGGCGAGGAUCGACUCCGGGGGCUUCCAGCCCGAGGGGCUGGAGAAUCGUCCGGUGGUCGGGCCCCAGCCCGCGGCCGGCUCCGUCGGCAUCUUCACCAUCAUCUUGCCGCUCAGCCGCGGAGACAUCAUCUGCAUUGACCUGGUGACCGGCAAACUGGCACACUCUGACGAACCUCUGACUGUCUUCAAUGGGGUUCUUCUGUACCAGGACGAGGACAUCUGAUGGCUGCCCUCCCUCUGCCCAGCUAUGCCACCGUGCUUGAGGCAGGAUGUAUUUACACACCAAUAUGUUAGGAGCAUCAUUCACGCCUGAGAUUGAGGGCGAGAGUCCAAUCUCGGCAUUAGGUUUGUGCACUGCUGUUGAACUCUUUAUUUAAUGUAAAGCAUAGUCGGACACUUACUGUGGCCACGUUGAGGGGCCUGUGAUCAUAGUGUCCUCAGUCUGACUGUAAAUCCACACUCUGUCUUUACAAGGAGACUUGAUCUUAAUCUGUGAUGGAAAACAUUCCAAUCCCACGGAUCUGCAACAUGGGUGGAGGAACAGUGGACAGACGGUGUUUAUCACGGACCUUGUCCGCACCCAGGCACCAACCACAGGCUGCCUGCACCGUGCCCAGGUUUGCACUGGAAACUGUGUGUAGGAAGGGACUGCAGAUGCUGGUUUACACCGCGAAUAGACACAAAAUGCUGGAGUAACUCAGCGGAACAGGCAGCAUCUCUGGAGAGAAGGAAUGGGUGACGUUUCGGGUCGGGACCCUUCUUCAGAUUGAAAGUCAGGGGGGAGGGAGAUACAGAGAUAAGGGGAAGGUGCCAAAACAAGACGUCAAAAGAGAUGAAGCUCAAAGAAAAUGUUUAAUGGAAAUGGAAUAACAUGUAAAGUGUUAUCUCUGCCUCGUUGUCACCUCCUAGCUAACAAUGAUCUAUUCUACAUUGUCCUUGAGUUGCUUCUCUUUUAAUCUGUCCUUUUCACACCGUGCACUUCCAUAUUUCUAGGCUCCCUCUGAGUUACUCCAGCACUUUGUGUCUCUGCACUGGAAGCUGCCGUCUCCCAUGAAUAAAACAAGCUGACUCACUGCUCAA